GUGUUGCCAACCACGAUGGAAUCUACUAACACGUAAAUAAAUUAUUUCCUUGCGUCUGUCGAUCCGAAUAAACAAAGAACGUUAUAAGUUGUCGCGCCUGCCACCUGUCACCCUCAAAAAGGCACCAUUUGAAAAUGGACGAGAAGAACAUUUCGAAAACGCACGACGAUAUCCAGUGCAAAAUCAAGAUAAAACGCCGGAUUGUGAAUAAUCAACUGAAAGGAAAAGUCACCAUUGGUUCCCCGACACCGCUCAAUAUCGACCGCGCCUACAUAGAAAUAACUGGCAUAGCUAACUGCAGUUGGAAGCUCGACUCAAUGUGUUUCAAGUUCCCUAGAAUCUACCCAGAGAACACCCCGGUCAAGGGUUUCCAACAGUUUUAUUAUACGCGGCAUUCGUUGUGCGGCGGAGACAUCGCCCACCGCCACAAAGGUACCGAGUCGUACCCGUUCGUGGCUUACUGGCCUUCGCGUCUUCCUGGUACUUGGUACGGGGACCACGGCAGCAUCGAGUACCUAGCAAAAGUGACCCUACACCUAGCCAAAAACGCGGACAUUUUCAACUACUCUCAGUUUGUCGCUGUAAUUCCCCGGCGCCACCUUAGUACAGAAAAGCACCUACUUUUUGAGGGACGAAUCGACGUGACACGGAGUUUCCAAACGUACAGAGCCGAAGGCUACGUUACUGUGAGCGUGUGGUUACCGAUUAGCGGAAUCGCGGCUGGGCAAGGUCUCCCGGUUCUUUGCUCCAUAACCAACUGCUCCAGACUCCACUUCGGAAGCAUUUUGUUCAUGUUAACUCGAACGGACAUCUACAGGAGCGACACGCCUGUUGCCACUGUAAAGAAAGUCCGGACUGAUAUUUGCCGCGUCGCCCGUAUGGUCAAUAUACAUAAAGGUCAACAUGACUUUUACGUCGUCAUGCAGACAGACGCGGACACCUAUCCCACCAACCAGUUCCACAGGUUGCUUUGUAUUCAAACGAUUUACGAAGUUUGGGUUUCUGUUCAGGGUUCAUUCAGGAGAUAUCGCUGUGUGGGGUACCCCAAUAUAGACACACCAGGGAUACCAAUCAUAAUUGGCACAAAACCAAUCAAAGAGUACAACAUCUAUGAAAUUUCGUCACAAGUUUUCAGGAAAGUAUACGACUUUGACGGACGGAUUUACAUGGAUGAAUUGCCUGAGGACUUCAGACAAAUCAUUCACACAACUGAUGAGGAGUUGUCCAAAGAAGCUGUACUUAAUUUAGAGAGACAAUUGCUUGUCAAUGAGCAGUUACUAAACACUUUGGGGAAAGUCAGCACACAGAAGGUAGCUAGUGCAGAGAUAAUUGCUUAG